AUGGCCACAUCUUUAGUGAGUAUCAUACCAGAAUGUUCCAUCUGUCUAAAGACACCAAAAAUUUUACCUUGUGGACACACUUUCUGUUUGGGUUGUUUAGAAAUAUUAAUUAGCGAUAAAACAAACACAUUCCCCUGUCCGAUCUGUCAGCAAGAUGUUAAGAUUCCAGAAGGUGGUGCUAAGAUGUUCACUACCAACUUUAUACUUCAAACAUCCAAACAUACAACACAAGUAAAAAAACAACCUCCCUCGACAACACAACCAAGAUGUCCCAACCACAAUCAGAGGGAGGUAGAUUAUUACUGUAAUGAUUGUAAUAUAGGACUGUGUUCAAAGUGUAUAUUUAAACAACACAAAUAUCAUGAAACACUGGAUUCAAAAUGUGACGAAACACGGAGUAAAGCAAUAGAAAACCUUGAACGUUCACAAAAUAUCAUCCAAAACAGAAUCAAAAACUUGGAGAAAACACGCUGUACAUUAUUAGAAUCAUUUGAACAACUGAAAACUUUGUGUGAAAAUUCCUGCACUAGGGUGACUGCAAAAACUGAGCAAAUUGUUUCAGAUGUAAGACAACGUUGUGAACAGAUCAUCAAAGACAUCGGGAAAAAUUUGAAAGAAAAUAAGAGUAAAGUAGAGGAUAGAGAAAUGGAAAUUGUAUGUGAAAUAAAUAGAUUAGAAAGAAAUUCAGAAUUAAAUAUUUCACCUUCAAGUAAAUCAACAUUAAAUAUUUUACAAACAUUGCCUCGUUUAGUAGAAAUAGAAAAACAAAGUAGGAAAGAGAAUAAUAUGUGUUUACAGUAUUUACAGUGGGGUGAUGAUGAUGAUGAUGAAGAAGCAGAUUAUAGUGAUGAAGAUGAUGAUGAUGAGGAUGAUGACGAGGAGGAUGAGAAAAGUGAAUUUAUUUUAAAGCAAUUAGGGUCGGUUAUUUCUAAACCAUUUUACAUACCAGGUUCGUAUCAGUUUCUGUAUGAUUUAACUGAUGUAGAGAAUAGUGGUGGUAUUUAUUACCAUACAGACAAGUUUAGAAACAACAAGGUGGUAUGGAGUUGUGGUGCAAGGAGGCAUUCUGAUGGUUUGUUUAUCUAUAUAAAACUUUUACCCGAUGACAGCCAUAAAGUAGACUAUUGUAUUAUUGAUUAUCAAAUCAGUGUAUUGAAUUUUGAUGAUGACAGUAAAACUAAAACCAAAACAAUAAUGUACAAGAGAUUAAAGAGAGGUAGCGGGUGGAGUUGGUUUUGGCGAGUUCUACCCUGGUCUAAAUUUGAUGAUAAAAACAAUGGUUAUAUAAAUUCUAACGGCCAGUUUCUGGUUCGAUUCUACAUAACACAAAUCAGUGAAAUAUCAUGGAAGUAA